GACUUUGUUCUCUAUGUCUAGUCAAGUAAUAAAGAAUGUCCCGGGGAGCACGCAGCUGGAGGAUGAUUGGAGCACAUCAACAUUCGUAUGUGAACGUGUCUGUGUCAGCGAAAAGCUUAUGCGGACAGUUGGCGCCGCCGGCAAGGAUGCAACUCCGGGAAACUGCGUCACCGUCUGUGGCGUAUCCGCGGUGGAUGCUUGCACGGAAGCAUGCCAACGCGCCGUGUGCGUGACUCCGUCAACAGUACCUGCCUGGAACGAGGCGUGCUUAAGACGCUGCACGGCUGAGUGCAUUCGCAGCAAGCAGCGACAGCCAUCUGGACUGUAAACAUCUUUAGGACUAGCCAAAGGUUUUUAAGGUUGACUGGGUUAUGUGUUGGUUCAAAUACGCAGGUAAGACGUUUUUGUCGUCUGGUUUUAUAGCAGGAUGAGGAGGCGGUACGUAGCAGUCGCUAACAUGACAUAUAUACGCAUUUAAUAAUCCAACACUUUUUCGCUGCACAGUACGAACUUUUCGGUGUCUGUGCUGGUCGGACAGCACGGUAGGGCAGGUCUGACGGCGAUCGGGAUUAGAUGCAGGCGAAGUUCGCCGUUUACAGGUUUUACUAGCCCAAGUUAGCAGAUGUUAGCCACUGUAACACCGUCA